GGGUGACACUCUGGCCUCCAUCUGGCCCCAGAUAAGAUAAGGGUGGGGAUCAGCACUAUAAACAGGCCCCCAUCCAUCCCCUGGCCCAGGUCCCAGGCAGCUCAGGCCACAGCAGCCAGCCCGGGAUCAGCAUGGCCGUCCGCCUGUGGUGGGUCACCCUGGCUUUGGCUGCCCUUCUUAUUGUGGACGGGGAAGUGCCCGUGGCAGCCGGCAAGAUUGUUUUCUCAAGAAUGCCCAUCUGUGAGCACAUGGCAGAGCCUCCAGAUUGUCCCAAGACGUCCAACCUCGUCUGCGGCACAGACGGGGUCACCUACAACAACGAGUGCCAUCUCUGCUUGACCCGGAUAAUAACCAAACGGGACAUCCAGAUUGUAAAGGAUGGCAGAUGCUGACACCACACGAGCACCUCGAGCCACGAAGCUCCAGGCUGGAGAGCAGUGGUGGACAGAGAGAGGAGGUGACAUGGUGACAUGAAAUAAAAAGAUGCAGCUCA